AUGUGGUAUGACAUAAAUCGGUUUCACAUUUUGGCUUUCAUAACUUGGCAGUUUGCCAACUAUUUUGCUGGACAGAAUAUAUUCGGAAUCUAUUCAAACAAUGUUCCGAAAUGGAGAUGUGGAAAUUCAGAACCAACUAGUGACUGUCAAAUUUAUACUUCCUGCAGAAGUAAUUUAACAUUUGUCGAUCCACCGUUCAACUCAGCCGCCAUGGAACUUAACUGGAUAUGUGGAUUGUCUACCUGGAAUCAGGCAUUUUUCUCCCAAAUUCAAUUCGCCGGACUUCUAGUCGGUACACUAUUUUUUGGAACACUUUCUGAUCGAUUUGGAAGAAAACCUAUUGGAAUUUUGGUGAUUUCCAAUGGAAUAUGUUCUACUUUUGCCAGUGGAUUGGCUCCAACAGCUACUGUAUUAUUUGUAUUGAGAUUCUUCGUUGGUCUUUCAAUUGGUGGAAUGCUUGUCGUUUUGUGUGCUUGGAUUAUGGAAGUGAUUCUACCACAACAACGAAUGGUUGUACGUGGAUGUUUCAAUUGGGGAUGGACCAGGAUCGCUUUGACUGUAGUCUGUUAUUUCACUCGAGAAUGGCGACUUGCCUCUUUCACAACAGCUAUUACUUUGGUUCCUGCUCUACUCUUGGUCAUUUUUGUGAUCCCAGAAUCUCCAGUUUGGCUUCACAGCAAAGGAUUCAAGUCGAGAAUGAUUCAAAGUGAAAUGCACAUUGCUCGUGUGGCAGGCAUUCCGUAUGCCCCAGUAGAACAUAAAGUUCUUCGUCCGAAAGGAUUGAUAGAGACUCUGAAGACGAAAGGAAUGUUCAAAACGUUAUCAGUGUUAUGGUCCAUGUGGUUUAUAGUGGCCAUUUGUGGUGGAGCAAUUGAUCUGAAUUCUGGAAAAUUGUCUGGAGAUUUGUACUUAAAUCAGAUGCUUUUUGGAAUCCUUCUCGUGUUUUCCAAAAUGUUACUACUUUAUGUGGAUACCAAUUUUCACAAUUUCAAAAGAAGAACACUUCACCAAGGAUCUCUAAUUGGAACACUUAUCUGCGUCGUUAUCAUGGCAUGUUAUACUAUGUCCGAUUAUCAUGGUGUGGCUGUUCUAGUAACGUAUCUAAUUGGAACAGUAUUCAUUGAAUACACUUGGGAUGCAUGUUAUCUGUGUGCUGUUGAACUGGUUGAGACGCCAUCCAGAGCCAGUGCCACUGGUUCAUGCUCACUGGCAGCUCGAGUCGGAAUGAUUUUGGCUCCAAUCCUCACGAAUGCGAAUUUAUGGUGGCCGUAUUCAGUGAGUACCACUGUCAUGGUUCUCGGAACAUCAAACCUGCUAGUCUCUUACUUUUUCUUGCAAGAAUCGAAAGGUGUCAACCUAGACGAUGUUCACACGGAUGAUAGCAUUCAGUUGCAAGAUGUUCAUGAACUUCGGGAAACAGAAGCAAUGGUUCAAAAAGUUAGAGAUUAG